AGUGAAAGCUAGGGAACGGGUUGUUUUAGGAAACGGGUUUUUGUUGAUGAACCACUUGUCACAGCGCCAUAGACUCACAUAUUCACAGUCUGGAACAUGAUGACUCCUCUACUCUUCUUCGCCUUCCUCUUCCUCCUCCUCUCUCGUCUGCCAGGCUCUCUCUGUAGGGUGACCACCGUGGGUGAUCUAAGUGUUCUGGAAGGUCGAUCGGUGAUGAUCCCAUGCCAUUAUGGGCCGCAAUACGCCAGUUAUGUGAAGUACUGGUGCCAUGGCAGUGUAAAGGACCUCUGUACCAGUCUGGUUCGCAGCGAUGCCCCACGGGGACCAGCUGCAGCUGGAGAAGACAAGGUGGCCAUGUUUGAUGACCCGGUACAGCAGGUGUUCACAGUAACAAUGACAGAGCUGCAGAAGGAGGACUCUGGAUGGUACUGGUGUGGUGUGGAGGUGGGAGGAGUCUGGAGUGCUGAUGUCACAGCCUCCCUUCACAUCAAUGUUAUCCAAGGUAUGUCUGUGGUGAACAGCAUGGUGAGUGGAGAGGAAGGGACCAGCGUCACUGUCCAGUGUCUCUACAGCCAGGGAUACAGGCAGCAUGAGAAGCGCUGGUGUCGUAGUGGUGACUGGAGCUCCUGUCUGGUGACAGAUGGUGAAGGGUGGUAUGAAGACCAGGCAGUAGAGAUCAGAGAUGACCUGACCAAGGCUUUCACUGUCACCCUGAAGGGACUGGCCCGGAGAGAUACAGGCUGGUACUGGUGUGCUGCAGGACAGCAACAGGUGGCUGUCUACAUCCUGGUCACUCCUCCAUCCACAACAGCGCCUGCUCCUACAGUUACAUCCCCACCAGAAGAAAGCCCUCAGUCUGUUCCUGUGUCUCCGUCUGUGUCUCCUCUUCCCAGACACAUAGCUAAAGGAGCAGACCACCACAGGCCACUAUGGGAGUUUCCUCUGAUGGUGUGUGGAAUUUUGUUCAUCUUGAUGGUUCUGGUGCUGCUGCCAUGGAAGAUACUGGACCAAUACAACAAAACCCACAGGACAAGACAGGCAGAGCUGGAGGCCAGACUCAGUGACCCCCCAGGUGACGACUGGCAGAACACCUCUGUCGUCUUCCUCAACUCCGACCCACAGAAGGUGUACGGUUUCUGACCCCGCCCACCCUCCAGUCACCUCUGACCUCUAACUUCCACCUUCAAUCUCUGGGCACCUUUCUUCAGAGCUGGACGCCAUGUUGCUGCCUCUAAAUAUUCCAUCUAUCCAACAAUAUGUUCAAUACCAUGCUGUAUGAUCCUGCCCUUUGGUACAGACCUGCUAAGUACCACAAAUGGUAAUAAUGUUAGUUAUUGUGAUCAUUACCUGACAGGUUAAAUAAUGUUACGAUGUUUACUGAAAUCAGUGUGUAUAUAAUCUACUGCAACUGUUUGUUUUGUAUUACAUAUUUACAUUUUCUAUAAAAACAUUUUAAGAAAGAAUUACAGGAAAGGAACUAGUUAUUAUCAAAUCAAAUCAAAUGUAUUUAUAUAGCCCUUCGUACAUCAGCUGAUAUCUCAAAGUGCUGUACAGAAACCCAGCCUAAAACCCCAAACAGCAAGCAAUGCAGGUGUAGAAGCACGGUGGCUAGGAAAAACUCCCUAGAAAGGCCAAUACCUAGGAAGAAACCUAGAGAGGAACCAGGCUAUGUGGGGUGGCCAGUCCUCUUCUGGCUGUGCCGGGUGGAGAUUAUAACAGAACAUGGCCAAGAUGUUCAAAUGUUCAUAAAUGACCAGCAUGGUCGAAUAAUAAUAAGGCAGAACAGUUGAAACUGGAGCAGCAGCACAGUCAGGUGGAAGUUGAAACUGGAGCAGCAGCAUGGCCAGGUGGACUGGGGACAGCAAGGAGUCAUCAUGUCAUGUCAUGUUAUUAUGGUUCUCAGUAUACUGGUUGGACAGGUUGGUAUAGAAAGGAACUAGUUAUUAUGGUUCUCAGUAUACUGGUUGGACAGGUUGGUAUAGAAAGGGACUUGUAAGACCCUACUUAUUUUCCCAUGAAGGUUGAAUAGGCAGAGAGCUCUGUAAAUAUUGUACAACAUUUUGUUAUUCUUUUGUGUCUUUUUUGUUGUUGUUGCAUUUAAAUAUAAAAGUGGUUUGACUGCUCUGGGGGAUAAUCA